UUCUGUUUGAAAUACCCACAGGAUAAGCAAGGGGGUAAAUACACAAAGGUUAAAGGUUAAAGGGUAGGAAAGGUAUCCGGGUUAAGAGAACCACUGAUAUUUAGAUGGGAACCCUGGUCAAACAGAUUUUUAACUUUCUCACCUCAAGUGUUUUUGGAACUUGUCUUUGCUUUCUUUAGAAUUGUUUUCCACUCGGUGUAGGUUAUCAGAUGGUACUUACUGUAGGUGCGACACGCAAGGUCUUAAUCUGUGACAUCACCACUGUCUGUGGCACAUCGAGGAUUUGUGGAGUAUAAGAUUAGAGCUCUACGUCGUCAUAACCUUCUGCUUCCCAAUUCAGCCGGGUGGUGGCGGGUGGGACAGUUACUAAGAGUAGUCCGUGGUCUGUGGAUUUGGCAGAUAAAAUGUUUAUGUGUCUACGUAGGGUCAACCUCUGUUAAGUUUUUUUUUAAACUUCUAAUUGUCGCGUUGACGUGGCUUGAGGCUUUGUGUUGGACCAGAUUUUUUUUAAAGACCUAUUAAGAUUGUUCUUUUUUGAGAACAGAGUUUAGCCAGAAUUUUUUCUGGUGCUCAUCUGUGGCUCUUCAUGAUGAACUACUGCAUACCAGACAUGUAUGAGAUGCCUCAUGUUGGAGUUGGAGGCUACACAAUGCAGGGCAGCGGGGAACCCUGUAUGUACCCAGGUGAGGGGCCAGGGUAUGGACACUGUGAACCCCAGCCCCUGCACCACCCGCCCUGCAUGGAGCAGGCUUGGCUGCCCAGCCAGCACUACUCGUGCUCAUAUGCUGGUGGCCCUCCUGUUUUUAAGAACGAAUAUUGCAGCAUGGAGAUUCCUCUCAGUCAUUGCCACCAUCAACCUGAGUAUUUCCCUGAGAUCAAACCCCAGUUCUCACACCUUCAGUGGAUGCAGGGGGUGCACAAAAAAGGGUACAUACCAAGUUACCUGGACAAGGAUGAGCUAUGUGUAGUGUGCGGGGACAAAGCCACAGGCUAUCACUAUCGCUGCAUUACCUGUGAAGGUUGCAAGGGUUUCUUCAGGCGGACGAUCCAGAAGAAUCUUAACCCAACCUAUGCUUGCAAGUAUGAAGGGAAAUGUGUCAUCGACAAAGUGACCAGGAAUCAGUGCCAGGAAUGUCGCUUCAAGAAGUGCAUUGCGGUUGGAAUGGCAACCGAUCUGGUGUUGGACGACAGCAAGAGGCUAGCCAAGCGGAAGCUAAUCGAGGAGAACCGGGAGCGCCGUCGGAGGGAGGAACUGCAGAAGACGGUGUGGGACCGACUGGAGCCCACCCAGGAGGAGUGGGACCUCAUCCGUAUGGUGACUGAGGCCCAUAUGGCCACGAAUGCCCAGGGCAACCACUGGAAGCAGAAGCGGAAAUUCCUGGUCGAGGAAGCUAUGCUUCUUAAUGAAAUAACAUGUAAUUUAUUCUAUACUUCUGACCAGAGUGCAGCGGGGGUGAAGGAAACUAAGCCUGAGGAUAUUGGUCAAGCGUCCAUGGCUAAUGCAUCUGAGGGAAACAAAGUGGACAUAGAAGCCUUCAGUCAGUUUACAAAAAUUAUCACCCCUGCCAUAACCCGAGUGGUGGACUUUGCCAAAAAACUGCCUAUGUUUUGUGAGCUGCCUUGUGAAGACCAGAUUAUUCUGUUGAAAGGCUGUUGCAUGGAAAUCAUGUCACUGCGAGCUGCUGUUCGCUAUGAUCCGGAGAGUGAGACUCUCACGCUCAAUGGGGAGAUGGCGGUCACGCGGGGUCAGCUUAAGAACGGAGGCCUGGGUGUUGUCUCGGAUGCCAUCUUCGACCUCGGUGUGUCGCUGUCCUCGUUCAACCUGGAUGACUCUGAGGUGGCUCUCCUCCAAGCUGUCAUCCUGCUUUCAUCCGAUCGGCCAGGCCUGAGUAGUGUGGAGCGAAUCGAACGCUGCCAAGAGGAGUUCCUGCUGGCCUUUGAACAUUACAUCAACUACCGCAAACACAAAGUGGCGCAUUUCUGGCCCAAGCUGCUAAUGAAGGUGACGGACCUGCGGAUGAUCGGUGCCUGCCACGCCAGCCGAUUCCUUCACAUGAAAGUGGAGUGUCCCACCGAGCUAUUCCCUCCCCUCUUCCUGGAGGUCUUCGAGGACUGACCAAUGGAUUUUAGUGUAUGUGUGUGCGUGCGUGCAUGUAUGUGUGUGUGUGUGUAUGUGUGUGUGUGCAUCCGUCAGCGCCUGGGCACCCUGGUGGUCUCAGGGGUGGAACCAGCAGAAGGCCCGUCACAACAAACUUUCUAUUAGCACUACUGAGUGUCACUUCAUUCCAUACAUUAGGAGUAGCUCUCUGGUCUAGUUUUGGAUGGAACCAUUCCUUACAGUGCGGGUACAUGUGAAUAGCAUUUUGUCCUCUUUUUUUUUCUUUGUUUUUUUUUUUUCUUUGUUUUAUUAUUUUGUUUGUUUGUUUUGUUGUUGUUAUUGUUGUGGAUAUAACCUCUCACCUCGGAUAUGUGUUGAUGAUUGUACAGUUGGCAUAAUGGUGAUUUUAUCAACACCUGUUUAUUCAUUAGAAACCAUGCAAAUGUUGUAUUUUCCUUCCUUAAUGUUUAAAAACUCAAAAUGGCUGCUCACCUGACACACAAAAUAAGACAUUGUUAGACAUUUGUUAGCCUUUCCCCACCUGCUUGACUUUAUUGGACCCAUUUGUUGGUUAAUAUGUUAACUGUCAUAUAGUCUGUCAUCCAUCUGGUGAGUGUCUGAACUGCUCAGUGCCUCACCAUCAUACUGUGACCUGACCCAUUUAUAGCAACCCUCACUGUAAUGGACAACAGCUCACAGGCCUUUGUAAGUCUGUGUGUAGCCACUCAUCACAACGCUCAUGUGUGCUGCGUUCCAGAGAUGUCGGAAAAAUCUGAAUUUUUGCAACAGAACAGCAACUUAAGACAAACCUCAAAGUCAGAAACUUGAAACUUUUCUGUGCCACUGUUAUUUGAUGUCACAUACACAUAGUGACACACUACACAACAAUACUGCUCAAUUUGUCAUUUUCAAAAGACACAUAGCGUCAAGUAAAAUCUGAGCAUAAAAUUUGCUAAUGCUAAUGUGCAAUGCUAAAUUUGUCAAAUCUCAUGGAGAACAUUAGAUUCUGCAAUAUGACAGCAUAAUAGGGACAUGGCAGGUGAAAAAAAAACAAAAAAAGCAUGCAUUUUAUCCCUAGUAUGAAAGGGCAUAAAUGUCAGAGAUUUAUUUUGGAAACACACGAGCUUUACGUGGUUUUGGACAAAAGAGUCUACCAAAUGAAAGUGUGUUUAUAUGACAACCAAGUCAGAAAUAUGCAAGAAAAAAAUGUAUUGAAUUAAACAGUUUUACUUUGCCUUUAAAAUACUGUAUGUUCUCACAUGUAGAGAAUGUCAAAACAGACUCUAUUCAGAAAUCUAGUUAUUUAAUAACAACUUAUUUCCAUAGCAUAUGUUCAAGUUCUGAGAUGAUCAGGUCUACGUAAUAGCUUAAAAACAACUCUACAUUAAGAAUAAACGGGUGUCACACUGUAUGUGUCACACUGUAUACUGAAGAAAGUAAGGGACAGUAUAGGGAAUAGCACGCAAACCAAUUCCUGGGUUUCAAAGGGCUGCCUAAUGGAUAUUAACUAUGCUGAACUGAGGAGUGGAUGUUAAUGGAAUGAGACAAAGGACAUAAAUUAUUUUCUAGGUGGUGUUUAUGUGCUUACUCAAGGUCUUACCCUACAUCUACUGAAACUGAUCGUCAGGGGCUUUUUAUAUAAGAAAUGCAGAGGUCUCUUUAGUCAAUUUAAUUGAUUAGUUGAUCAACAGAUAAAUAAUCUGCCACAUUUUUGGAUAUGUAAUCAAUAGUUUUAGUCAUUUCAAGCAAAAAAAAAAAAAAAAUCCCUUCUUCCAGCUUCUCAUGUGGUUCAACUUUUUUUUGUCUUAUGUGAUUUCACAUGUGAAAUCUUUGGAUUUUGGUUUGACUGGUUGAGCAAAAUAAGCAAUUUGGUUUUGAAUUUUUCAAUACCUUGUUCAGCAUUUUGUAUACCACAUUAUUAACUGAUUGAUCAAGGAAUUUAAACAGCAGAUUAACCAAUGAUGAAAAUAGUUAGUAGUUGCAGUGUAUAUAAACAACUGCAUCAUAUAUGAGCCUGCAACUGGCAGGGUUGAAGUAUUGCAGGGCACUAAUGGCCCUAAUUCUCUAUGGUAGCUGUGUCUGGGUGGAGAAAAUUGUGCAAGUGUUUGUGUUUAUUGCCUUUAUUUUUCCAAAGUGGACCGUGGAAACACAGAAAGGUUAUAAUUCCGAAUGCACUUGCUGUUGAUUCAGACUUCCGACAUUGAAAGGAUUGCAGUAGUAGCAUUAAAAUGAGCCUGUUCAUCAUUGCCAGAAACUGGUCAGGUCUAACUAAAGCACACAGUGACACUGAUGUCAGGAAAAGACAAUCAUAUAGAACUCAUUUUUGUGUAAGGAUGCCACAUGCUGUGCCAAAACCAAGUGAAUGAUGCCCUCUUUAUUGAAUCCCUGCUGGGCUUUCAUGGUGAUGCUAGUUAGUGCAUGCCGCUCACAGAGUCAUUCCUCUGACUGGUGUGUUAGUCCACGUUAGCAGCUUUGACUAUAGAACCGGUAUGAGUUUUAAGUGUUUCAUCUCGGGCCAUGUUGCCUCACUAGUCACACAUACAAUGAUUUCAACCAUUUUGUUUUUGUUUUUGUUUUUUACAACUCCCUGCCAAUGGGAGACUGUAUGUUAAAACAGUGACGUCAUGGUGCUAUGGUGGGUUGGGGAAAUGGCUGAUUGAACUGUCUUGUCUACAUGCAGAAAUGAACAUUAUCUGUUUGUAUAACAGCCAACCACCCUCUUAUGAUGGCAUGCAUAUACACUAACACACAAACAUGCACAUAUACAGUACAUACAGUAUACCUUUCCACAUACUGUACACAUGCACAUAUAUGCAUGUGCCUAAAUAAAAUAUGGGUCAGACCCCACCACUGUGACCAACCAGUGGGAUUUGGAGGCCAAGUGAACGUUGGCUGGCCCAAAAACAGUAUGAUUCAUCAUCAGCAAGGUACACUGAGAGAGCUGGUGAGAUUGUGAAAACGUAGCGCUCUGUCCUUUCUUUUAUUUUAGCUGAUAUGUUCUUUUUUGUUGUUGUUCUAAAAGCUUCUCUAUGAUAUUGUUGUUUGCAAUGUGACAAACAUUUGCUUUGUAUAUCUCGCUUUUUCAAGCUUCACACUACUCCUCAAAGCCGCUUGUGUUUUUUUUUUUUUUUUUUUUUUUUUCUCUUUUCUGUGAAGUGAUGCCUUUUAUCAAAGCAAUAGACUUGCUGCAGUGUUUGAAUGACCCGGACCUCACACACACACCUCGCAAACUGUACAGAUUCAAAAUAAAUGCACAGACAAUCAGAGGGAGAGAGUUGAAUGGGGGAACAGGCACCCAGGCUCAGACGGUCCCGUAUGGUAUGUAGGGCCGGGCCUUGCUGAGCCAGAGCCAUUUGGAAAAGUAACAUUGGCUACGUUUCCAUGCACCCCUGACGUCCACAGUCCUGUUGAAUUCAUCUUCAUGUUGUUUGCAGGAGCCUUUGAUACCCUGUGACUGAGCCUGCCCUGUGACCUAACAUGAUGCGUGAAUGUCAGAGGCCACAGGCAGCGACAAGAUAAACAAAAGUGAAAAAAUGUCAAAGAAAUUUGGUCGGUUAUUACAACCAGGAGCUGGUUGCACAAACAUAACAGAUGUUAGACUGAUCUAUAGCUUUAGAUCAGUCUUAAUUUUGUUCUUAGAUUAGUAUAAUGGCCUUUAUCCACCAAAUAGUCCCAGAAGCUAAACUCAGGAACUAAAUAAGGACCUAAACGUCCCUUUGGUGCAUUUGUGUUGCGUUUCAAUUGCAUCUGAAGAACUGUAAAGAUUAGACUAGCAAAUUGCAUUAGCAAAUUAGACCUAAAGAGGAUUAAAAGUGACAACUUUGUUUGAGACUUGAUCUUUUUAAUGCAAUGGGAUGACAAAACUGUCAUCUGGUUGUCUUUUGUAAUUUACUAUUGCAUGACUGUUUAAUGUUCUACUUCAGUAUGUAACAACAUUGAGUCAAUAGUUAGCUUGCUCUCUCUUACCUCUUUUUUAAACUUUUAGACUAGUCUCAGGAAUUCGGCUGCAUAACUUUCUUUAAACAUCAACAAUAUAAAAAAAUCCCAUGCUAAGCCCCAAUAUGCUAGCAACAACUAUAGCAUGCUUGCAGUCUGAAUGAACGUUGUACACGUGCUGUAGCAGUUUGUAUGCUUGUGUUUGACCAGUCACUGACAUACAGUACUGUUAAUGCCACAUACUACCUCAGGAGCAGGGACUUUUUGGAGGGCGCAAACUGUGGCCUGGGAACCAAAACUGGAACUAAGUUCCUGCAGUCAAAAUGCAAGUCAAGUUCCUGAGUUUCUGUAAAUGUUUCUGGAUUCCUGCACAAGUAAAAGGCCACAAUGAGAGUUAAGAUACUUGCACAAAAUAAAAAGUGAGUCAUUUUAAAGCUGCAUUGAUUUUUUUUUUUUUUUUUUUUUUCGCCAUUAGGGGGUAGAAGUCCACAACAAGCUGAUGUACACACAGUCUUGGCAGUUUCACUUUAAAUGUUGUUGCUAAUGUGUUAGCAAACAGUUACAUAUUUGCACAUCCAUGCAGAAACAGAGCAGCAUUAACAUUCACUUGAAGUCGUGUUUGUGGCCACCUGAUGAAUGUAAGUCAAAUAUUCGUUCUCAUUGUUGUAGUUUGGUGUGCACCAAUUCCUGAGGGAAAUAUCAGACUUUUUAGCUGCUUGAGCGAUAGAUAGCACACAGUGGGUUUAUCGGAAACCUGGAAAUGGUUGAUUAGUAGACUUUAAAGCCUAAAGCUACUGCAUCUCAGAGCUUUUCAUGGGAACAGUCAGAGCAAUUUCAGUGUUGAAACCAACUGAGUGUCCUUCUCCAUUAUAUAUAUAUUUAGUGCCAUUUCUUUGAUAUCUUUCCAGUGUUCUGUCUUUUCUUUAGCUUUUCCCAAAUCAAGAUCAGUAGAAUAUUUUCAUCAUGUCUUUCAGCGGACUUCCAUUGAUCAAAUAACACUGCAGGGUUAGCAUGGACAAGAGGGUUACUGUGACCAAUUACUCUCCCUUCCUGCUUAUAGGAUUGUGAGUAUAAAAUUGAGAAAGACGUCAACAAAAUCUGAAUCUUUGUUUAAAGAUAGACAAGUUUAGAUUCGUUUUGUGGAACUGAAGAACUUUAAUAUUGGUCUAGAGUGUGACUUUUAGUCAGAUCAAAGUUAUAUCCAAAGUCUGUCUGUGCAGCCAGCCCCAGGUUCCCUUACUGUGCACUGAAGAAUUCACCUUGUGCAAAGGAGAACCAAAAAAUAAAGUUUUAAAAAUAAACGUACAAAAAUGCAACUUCCGAACCAAGCCAGACAUUACAGCUUUUUUAAUAUAUGAAAUGAAUGACUGUUAGCUCAACCAGGGCAGGUUUUUUAUGGCAAAGUAAGCCACCAAAAUCUCAGCUUAAAAUUACUAACACUAACCUCAAAGUUGUAUUAAUUAGUUUUAGUCAGCCAUUUGGUUGUAGACCUCCACAACAAGCUGAAAAUCACUCGUGUAACAAAUGAUGUCCUUUUAAAGUUGAUUUGGCUACAGGUAUUCUAACUAUUGCUGACUUACACACCUAGCAGACAUGGAGCUACAUUAGCACUCAUUUGUGGAGUUGUGUUUCUGGUGACCUGAUGAAUGUUCCUGUUUUGAUCUUCGACAACCUCUGAGAGAAAUAUCUGGCGUUUUAGCUGCUACUGUAACACCUCCGUUAUCUUUACCAGCUUGUGGAUAAAUGUAUCUGUCUGCCGUGUGAUGCUGGGCAGGUAGUGCUAAUCUGAGCUUUUUGCUGAUAUCAGCUGCCUGCCUAAGUUGAUGAGAAAGCUAAGAGAGAUCCAAAACAGUACAGAUGUGGGCCAUAAAACCAAAACAGGGAGCUGAAAUAUCCUAAAAUGCUCUGUAACGUUGAUGGGAGCUGAGUCAUUUGACUCAUUGUUCACAUAUAAAUACAGAAAUUGGAGUAAGCAUUGCAGACCUUAACAUUCUGUCUACAUGAAUGUGUAGACAAGUGAAAUGUGUGUGUUUUUGUACAAUGUGUACAAUGUGUGGCAUGGAUGGUCCAAGGAAAAUGUUUGAAAUGUACACAUCACACAUAUAACCAGAAUUACCUGAAUUAUAUUUACAGAGCUGUUGGUGCAUGUAAACAUAGUCAGUGCUGACUGCUGGUUCAGAAAAUGUUUACUGUUCCUAAAGAGGUGCCAGUACGCUGUUAUCUCUCCCACGAAUUGUUACUCUUAAUGUUACUCAGUUAUAAACCAAUAACAAGAGUUGCACCAUAGAAAAGCUAUUUUACAGUACAAAGGAAAAAGGAUGUAUAUUUUCAGACUGCAGAUUUUUUUUUUUUUUUUUUUUACAGAUGUUGUUAGCAUAAUAUGAAUAUACUGUUUUGCAUAGCGUAAAAAAAAAAAACAGUAUCUUGCUCUCAAACCCAUUUCCACAUCUCUGCAAAAGAACUAUGAGCAAGAUGUUAAAAAUCAUUAAAAACACUUAAAAAAUUAGUACAGCAUUAGUUCUACAAUUUAAAAAAUCAAUUAUUACUGUAGCUGAACUUCACUGUCAGUACAAAAAGCACAGCUACACAUGAACACAGUUAAGGAUAACUUCUUGGUCAAAGUGUAACCAGCAUCAGAGAAAACGUCAUCCACCAUCAACACAGACUUCUCUCCUUAUGUGUUUGAGUGUCUUCUUGUUCAACUCAUCUGUUCAACACGUACUGGAAAACCAUCAUGGAGAGGAAGGGAGUGAGAUAAAGUGUGUGUAGGUGUAAGAGUGAAUCUGUGGCAGCAAACCAGAAGAUGCAGAAAGUUCUGUUUGCUGUCUUGCACUCUGCAUUUUACUGGAAUUAUUGUCCAGUAGCUGUCCACAGCUGGGCAGUGCUUUGACAUGAGCAUAGAAGACUUAAAGAGGAAAUGAUUUGCUCAUGGUUAACGAUGAUUGCAGCUAAUGUGAAUUGGCUCUUGAGAAUAAAGAUGGUUUUGAGAGAAUUUGGUUUUGUGCUUUUGCUUCGGUUGCAGUUUAAUAUAAAGUGAAUUUUCUUACUUUGCA